UGUGCACUACUUAAACAAAUUAUUCUCUAUCUCUGCGAGCGUGCACUGCAGUCAGUCGUCUCGGUGUGUGGAAGCCUCUCUACAUUCUGCUUUAAAAUGAGAAAGGAGAGCAGGUUAAUUCACUGGAUCGGGUGGAUUGUGGUUGUAACAGCUCUGUUGUUGCUGGGCUUCAUCAUUGGUUGGUUUGCAAAGCCCACACAUCCAAACAAUGCAAACCAAAGUGCUUCCAGCAAGUAUCUGAGGGAUUUUCUGGAUGAAAUGCAGCCAGACCAGAUCAGGGAGCAUCUCAGGAAAUUUACACGACUCCCACACCUGGCUGGCACAGAACAGAAUCUGAGAUAUGCAGAGCAGAUCCAGACAGAGUGGCUGGAGUUUGGACUGGACUCAGUGGAAAUAGUGCCCUAUGACGUCCUGUUGUCCUAUCCCAACAAAUCACAGCCAAAUUACAUCUCAAUAGUGGAUCAGCAUGGCAGUGAGGUUUUGACCACCUCCUUGGCUGAGCCAGUUCCAGAGGGCUAUGAAGAUAUUCCUAACAUUGUUCCUCCAUACAGUGCCUUCUCUGCCAAAGGACAACCUGAGGGGGAUUUGGUGUAUGUGAACUAUGGUCGGACAGAAGAUUUUUUUCAGUUAAAAAGGGAGAUGGGCAUCAAUGUUACUGGGAAGAUUGUCAUCGUCAGAUAUGGGAAAAUAUUCAGAGGCAAUAAGGUGAAAAAUGCCAUGUUAGCUGGAGCAAAGGGCAUCAUUAUGUUCUCAGAUCCAGCAGAUUACUGGGCGGCUGGAGUCCAGCCCUACCCCGAUGGCUGGAAUCUACCUGGUGGAGGAGUUCAGAGAGGAAAUGUUCUCAACCUGAAUGGAGCAGGAGAUCCACUCACACCAGGGUACCCUGCUAAAGAAUAUACCUACAGAUUCAGCCUUGAGGACGGAGUGGGUCUUCCCAAUAUUCCUGUGCAUCCAAUAGGCUUCCAUGAUGCAAUUCACCUGCUGAAGAACAUGGGAGGACAGAUUCCACCCAACAACUGGAAAGGAGCUCUGAAUGUUUCCUACCGGAUUGGUCCAGGCUUUACGGAUGACUUCAAGAGCCAGAAGGUGCGCAUGAACAUCCAGACUAACAACCAGGUAACCAGAAUCUACAACGUCAUUGGUAGGAUAAGAGGAGCUCUGGAGCCAGACAGGUAUGUGAUUCUGGGAGGGCACCGGGAUGCCUGGGUGUUUGGAGGAAUUGAUCCCAUGUCUGGUGCUGCAGUGGUCCACGAAACUGUCAGGAGUGCUGGCAAGCUGAUUAGCAAAGGAUGGAGGCCUAGGAGGACUUUAAUUUUCGCCAGCUGGGAUGCAGAGGAGUUUGGACUGCAGGGAUCAACAGAAUGGGCAGAGGAUAAUGCCAAGUUGCUGCAGGAAAGAGCUGUGGCCUACAUUAAUGCAGACUCUGCCAUUGAGGGUAUGUACACACUGAGGGUUGACUGCACUCCAUCUCUACACACUUUGGUGUACGACAUCACAAAGCAGAUCGCCAGUCCAGAAGAAGGAGAGGAGGGAAUUUCUCUGUACGAAAGUUGGCAUAAGAGGGACAACUGGACGAAUGACCGUGAUGCACCCAGGAUCAGUAAACUUGGGUCAGGCAGUGAUUUUGAGGCCUAUUUUAUCCGUCUGGGAAUCGCUGCAGGCAGAGCCAGAUACACCAAGAACAAGAAAACAGAGCGCUACAGCAGCUAUCCAGUCUAUCACAGUGUGUAUGAAACCUUCGAGCUGGUGGAGAAGUUUUACGACCCCUCCUUCAGGAGGCUUCGGGCGGUGGCCCAGGUGAGAGGUGGCCUCGUCCUCCAACUGGCCGACUCCCAGCUCCUUCCUCUGGAUGUCAACCAGUAUGCAGGCUCCCUGAGGAAAUAUGCACAGAGCAUCGCACAGCUGGCACAGAGGCACCCAGAGGAGAUGACAACAUAUGAGGUGUCAUUUGAUUCCUUGUUUUCUGCUGUGGAGAACUUCACUGUUGCAGCCAGGGACUUCCAUGACCGCCUGCAGAACCUCAACAGAGCAGAUCCUCUACAGGUGCGUAUCAUAAAUGAUCAGCUCAUGUAUCUGGAGAGAGCCUUCAUUGACCCCCUGGGCUUACCUGGCAGACCCUUCUACAGGCAUGUGAUCUUUGCCCCCAGCAGCCAUAAUAAAUAUGCGGGGGAGUCCUUCCCUGGGAUCUACGAUGCAUUGUUUGACAUUGAGAACUCAGCUAAUCCAGAGAAAGCCUGGGAAGAAGUCAGGCGUCAAAUCAGCAUCGCAGCAUUCACUGUUCACGCUGCUGCCAUGACACUUACACCACCUGCAUGAAACACAGGCUCACACAGGCUAAAGACAUGUGGCUGAGCAAUCAAUGACAAUUGAAUUAUAGAGAGGGAAUACACCCUACCUGCAACACACAGAGAUGGACAAUCCCUGUUUUCUGAACCAGUCAUGUUCCAGGAACACCAAGAGCUCAGUAAUACAGCGAAUCUCUGACAAGAAUACAACUUUUUGAUUUGUUAUGUGGCCACAGUAAAGAUUUAUGUUUUUUAAUAUGUUUUGUAGUCUGUAUCUACAAGGGGACAGAAAACAGCUCAUAUCUGGCUGUCCAUGUUGGUCUGAGAAAAAAAACAUGUUAAUAUCUUUAAUGUAUGAAUUUCCCUAAUUCCCCACAGUACUUUACACACACCAACAACAAACCUGCAUGAAAGAGAUCUGUUUAAACCUACAAUGUGUAAUCUUUUUGCAACUAGAGGUCUCUCAAUCAAAACAAUAACAGGGGGAAAAAGAGUUAGGUGUUUUUCUGUUUUUUGGGGUUUUUUUGGUUUAUUUUCCGGGGCAAUUAUUUCUGUUUUAAUGACUAUUUUUUUCUGUUUUUAGACGCAUUCGUUCCUUUAUUGAGAGCUCGAUUUGAUGGAAGCAACCAUGACCGGCUUGUUUAGUUUAAUCACGUUUUACUUUGAUCUGGGAUCAAAGACACUGGGUACCUGACCUUUAUUGACCCGGAACAAUAGAAAGUUGAAGAUGGGGCAUAUAUAUGUGCAGGGCAGGAGUCACUAUAGAUCCACGGGGUCACUUGCAGGUUGGAUGUUCUCGCGGGAUUUUGAAGUAUCUCGAUAAUUCAGGGGGAAAAAAUUACCCUGAAAAACGGGGGAAUUGCCACGAAAAAACAGAAAAAAAAUUGUCAGAAAAACAGGGGGGAAAUUACUCAUUAAAACAGAAAUAAUUACCCCAAAAAACAAACGAAAAAAUAAAUUAUUGAGAAAAACUGGAGUUUGUUGUUUUUUUUUCAAGUGAAUGCAAUACGCUUCCGUACUAAAUUUAAAGGAAAUACAGUAAUAUUUUAAUCGUUAAAAUGUUUGGGUGUGUUGUUUAAGACAUGACACAUAAACAGUGAGUACUUUCACAAUAAAAAAAACAUUUACAGUGGUUUCUUCUAUAAAAUCCAAGAUGCAGUUAUGUCAAAUCUGUUUUGUUUUUGUUGUUGAUUUUCCGAUUACAGGUUUACAACAAUAAUGUUGUUUACUGGUUUAUAAAGGGGGGCAAACGAAGUGCAGGAGUUUUGUAUGGCAUACACAAAGCUCACAGGCCAUCCAGUAUUUUAAUUUUUAUACCACCACAGGGUGGUACCAGAGUCAUAACUUUAAUAAUGCUAUAAAUCUUCUCUUAAACAACACAUUUAUCUGAGAACUUUGAAACAAGAUUUUUUUUACACCCCCAUCAUCUGAUCUUCUUUUCAAAGACUUUAUUCAAACACCACACUGGAACAAUGUGAGAUAUACUGCAGAGUUAUAUGAACAUAUGAGGGAGAGUAUGUGAGAGAAAUAUACAGGUACAUUUCAAUAAAUUAGAAUAUGAUUGAAAAGUCCAUUUCUAGUAGUUCAAGUCAAAUAACCCGAACCAAGUAUUGAGUCAUAUAGAUGGACAUACUUUUCAGAGGUCAACAUUUCCAUAUUAAACAUACUUUUAUUAACAAAUCAUUAACGCUAAAAUGAUAUAGUCAAAAUAUACAAAAACAAAGCAAAUAGAAAAUAAAUAAAUGAAGAUAAACAUAUAUGAUAAAAUAAUGAAAAACAAUAAUAAUAAAAUGGAUUAAAAGGAAGAUAAGACACACAUACAGACAGGCAGGAAGGGACAACAUAAGAGGGAAGGAAUCCAAUGAAGUCAUCCCAUGUCUUGUGAAAGUUCUGUAGAGCACCAUUAACAGCAAACCUGAUUUUUUUCUAGUUUAAGAUUAAAAAUAAAAUUGAAAAAAUCAUAUUUAUUUAGUUUAUGAAAGUGAUGGUAGCGCCAUGGCUUUUUAUCAUGGAUUUUGAGGGCGCUUUUGUAUAAUUAAUGCUAGUGAAUGCUGUAAAUAUGACUGAAAUUUAUACAUUGAAAUAUUUAAAUAUCUGCUAAAAAUCAUAAUUCUGAUUUAUCAUGAACGUUUCAUCGUGCAAAACUUUAUCACUUAUAUAGGCCUGGAUCUAUACAGUACAGCCCUUUAUAAUAAAUUCACCUUGUUACUCUU